AUGGAACUGUACUUUCUUAUUUCUAACCUUCAACUUAAAGAAGACUGUUUGGUCCCCGCUGGCUCACCCAUGUCCCCUUUAGUUGCUUAUGGAUAUUUUUUAAACAUUACUUUGCUUGUUGUGGACAGAGUACUAAUUUGCUUCUUUGACUUAUUGCUUACAUAUCCAGGUACUAUGUUGGUUCACACUUAUUUCCUGAUGUUUUGCUCAAUGAUAUUGCUGGGCCAGAUGGCAAUCCUUUCCUUUUGAGCUUAAAACUUGCUGUUGAUGUCCUGGUGGUUUCUUGUCCAUGUGCACUGGGCCUUGCCACACCCACAGCUAUCCUAGUUGGAACAUCUCCUGGUGCAAAACAAGGACUGCUUAUAAGAGGAGGAGAUGUGCUAGAACGCUUGGCUAAUGGAACUUAUGUUGCUUUUGACAAGACAGGAACUAUCAUGGAAGGAAAACCUAGUGUUUCUUCUGUAGCUUCUUUUGUUUAUGAAGGCACGGAAGUCCUUAAAAUUGCUGCUGCAGUAGAGAGAAGAGUAACACAUCCACUUGCAAGGGCUAUUGUAAUAAAGCUGAAUCAUUGAAUUUGAGAAUCCCAGAAACAAGAGGGCAACUAGUAGAACCAGGUUUUGGAACCUUGGCAGAAGUAAAUGGUUGUCUGGUUGCAGUUGGUAAUUUAGAUUGGGUUAAUGAACGUUUCCAAGUUAGAAAACGUGUGUCUGAUCUGAGGAGUCUAGAACAUACCUUGAUGAAUCAGUUGUCAUCACCCUCAAACCAUUCAAAAACAAUUGUCUAUGUUGGACACGAAGGAGAAGGCAUCAUUGGCGCUAUUGCAGUAUCAGAUGAUUUUUGCCAUGAUGCUCAAAUCUACUGUAUGCAGGCUCCAGGAGAAGGGUAUCACAACAGUCCUAUUAUCAGGAGACAGGGAAGAGGCAGUUGCACCCAUAGCAAAGACAGUUGGAAUUGGAAGUGAAUUUAUCAAUGCAUCCUUGACUCCGCAGCAGAAAUCCACAGUGAUAUCUACUCUUCAGGCUGCAGGCCACCAAGUUGCAAUGGUGGGUGAUGGCAUAAAUGAUGCACCCUCUCUGGCCCUUGCCAACGUCGGGAUUGCUCUGCAGAUUGAAGCACAGGACAAUGCUGCCUCUAAUGCAGCAUCCAUUAUACUUCUCAGAAAUAGACUCACACAAGUCGUAGAUGCACUGGAUCUUGCACAGGCGACAAUGGCUAAAGUAUAUCAAAAUUAUAAUGGGCAAUAGCAUAUAAUAUUGUUGCCAUCCCCGUUGCUGCUGGUGUUCUACUUCCAAAUUUUGAUUUUGCAAUGACACCUUCACUUUCUGGUGAAUAAAGUUGAAAAAAAGCCUGCUUCCUUUUAUAUAAUUGUUUAUUUUGGGCCCAGAAAAAAGGUCCUUUUAUAUAAUUGCUGCUAAAAAUGCUUUUCACAACUUUUUAUUUCAAUGUUUGGCUGACAGGUGGUCUAAUGGCUCUGAGCUCAGUAUUUGUUGUCACCAAUUCAUUGCUCUUACGACUCCAUGGGUUUGAAAGGAACAAGAAGACAACUCCUUUUCACUCUGCUAAGACGCCCGGCACUUCAAGUUAAAAUUCUCUUUUAAGUUUGCUUCUAAAUAAUUGGAGAGUAUCAAAUUCAAUAUGACAUCAUGGGUUAGUUCUGCAGUUUUUCCCACUAGACUGCGAUAUCUGUAAGUCAUACCAACUUUAGUGAUAAUCUAACUGUGGAUGUAAUUGUCACUGUUUUCUUUAUCCUUGGUCUUGCAUAUGAUAAUAAUGAAGCGUAUCAUGUAGUAGAAAUUGUUAAGUGUUGACUGGUUUCGCUUGUACUGUUUGUUCCAAAUAUAUGAUGAAAAUCCUGUUUCCAUCAGAGAAGGAAAGCCAAAUUACGUAGAGGAUUAUCAUUAUGUGUGUAUAGUGUAACACAGGUAAAUUUUUUUGCUUGUAAGUUUGUCAUUGUAAAUUUCUAUUAUUUUCAUUUUAUCUAAUGCACGUAUAUUGCAUCUAACUUGAUGAGCCUUCCUCAAGUAUAUGUGCACAGCCACUGUUGUUCAUUAAACUUUUCUUUUGAGAGUUUGCAACUUGCAAGAAUCUGAAAGCAAUUGCCAACAUACGGAUGGAUAAUGAUAUAGACGCUCCAUGGUUUUCAGGUAUGCUUGCUGGUCCUCUCCCAUUAAAACCAGUACUUUUUGUCUCUCGUUAUCACCUAUCACUUGCAACCCCAGUUGAAAUUACCCCA